GAGCCUACCUUAUCUGGCUUCUUCGAAAUUCGCCCAACUACCUGGUAUCGAUUUGCUUCGUUCGCAACGAAAUUCGAAAUCUUUGUCAAUCAUACACUCUCAAAAUAUCCAACAUUGGAACGUCGCCCACAAAUUUGUCCUUCGACAAAAGUAUAAUUGGAAACUCUCAAGAGUCAAUUAUUUACGUCCUUACUCCCAGCCUUAACUCCUCGACUUCUACACAGCCAUGGCGGACCAAAUUCAAGAGUUUAUGGAGAUUCCAAGAGACUUCAUCAAGGAUGGUACUCAAUUUGUCAACAAAUGCACAAAGCCUGAUCGUCGCGAGUUCCUCAACAUCGCUCGAGCUGUAGCUAUGGGAUUUCUUAUUAUGGGAGCCGUUGGAUACAUCGUAAAAUUGAUCCAUAUACCACUCAACAACAUAUUGGUCGGUGGCGCGUAGUUGGGGGUGGACAAUGGACGAUGAUUCUGCACUACGGUGACUUGGUCGUUCGUGGGAAGGAGGGGGCAUUGGACCCGAAUCGAACGAGGGCGAGAUGGACGAGAUGUUGGCGUAUAAAUGGAUGGAGUUUUCGCAAAAUCUAAGGAUGUAUUAUAUUUGGCCACCCUGGUGGCAGUUACUGUUCCUGGCAUUGCUUACGUCUGGAACAAUUGGUCCUGCAUUUCCAAAGUUGCACGAGACUAUAUCAAAUAAUAUCCGGGACGUUUUCA